AACGAAAUGCCUCCCCCAUGCCCAGAGGUCUAUAGGUGUAUAAAGGUGACAGUUUGCUUCAAGGAGCGAGAUGUAGGAUAAGGAAGGGCUAGUUCGCUUCCUCCUCCCCGUGCUACCACACCCUAUCCCUGGAUAAGCCUGACAGACUGGUUGACUACCUGCGGCUGAGCACUUCAUUCUCUGUAUGUAUGUGCAGCAGGGGUGCACUGUAGUUUCUCUCUCCGAUGGCUCAGCCCAAGUUUGCCUCCUGUAAUGGGACACACAAACCGCACCAAAACCAUCUCAAUGGGAUUACCAAGAAGAACGGAUUCACUAAAACACUACAGAAUGGAACAGCAAAUGGAAGUCUUUACAAGAGAGAGUUCAAAGAGUCCUUUGAAGAAGCUCCACUGUAUGUUGCAGUACUUACCUACAUAGGUUAUGGCGUUGUCACGUUGUUUGGCUACCUACGAGAUUUCAUGAGAACAUGGGGAUGGGAGAAAUGUCACAUGGCUGCCGAAAGGGAAGAACAAAAAGACUUUGUACCCCUUUAUCAAGACUUUGAAAACUUCUACACAAGAAAUCUAUACAUGAGAGUCCGAGACAAUUGGAACCGCCCUAUCUGCAGUGUCCCUGGACCUCAGUUUGAUCUCAUGGAGAGAGUAACUGAUGACUACAACUGGACCUACAGGUACACUGGAAGAGUCAUUAAGGAUGUUAUAAACAUGGGAUCAUAUAACUAUCUGGGUUUUGCCGAGAAUAAUGAAGAGUCGCUAGAAAGUGUGAAAAAUAUACUGGAGAGAUAUGGUGCCGGGGUCUGCAGUACAAGGCAAGAAAUGGGACAUUUGGAUAUUCACCAAGAGCUGGAGGAUUUGGUAGCAGAGUUCGUGAACACAGAGGCAGCCAUGGUAUUUAGCAUGGGAUUUGCUACAAACUCAACAAACAUUCCAGCACUUGUUGGCAAGGGCUGCCUUAUUUUAAGUGACGAGCUGAACCAUACUUCUCUUGUUCUUGGUGCUAGACUUUCAGGAGCGACCAUUCGAAUUUUCAAGCACAAUAACAUGCAGAACCUGGAGAAAUUAUUGCGAGAUGCUGUGAUCAAUGGUCAGCCACGCACUCAUAGAGCCUGGAAGAAAAUCCUUAUUCUUGUAGAGGGAAUUUAUAGCAUGGAAGGGUCCAUCGUCCGUCUUCCAGAAAUAGUAGCAUUAAAGAAGAAGUACAAAGCAUACCUGUACCUGGAUGAAGCACAUAGUAUUGGAGCUGUGGGGCCUACAGGACGAGGUGUGGUGGAAUAUUUUGGAGUCAACCCUUCAGACGUUGAUGUGAUGAUGGGAACGUUUACCAAAAGCUUUGGAGCCAUGGGAGGAUAUAUUGCUGGAAAAAGGGAUCUUGUGGCUUACUUAAGAAGCCAUUCACAUAGUGCACUUUAUGCAGCAUCAAUGUCUCCUCCGGUGACCGAGCAAAUAAUCAGAGUAAUGAAAUGUAUCUUGUCACAUGAUGGGACUGGCCAAGAAAGAGUCCAGCAACUCCUCGAGAAGACUAGAUACUUCAGACAUAGAUUAAGCGAAUUGGGAUUCAUUAUAUAUGGCAACAAAGAUUCUCCUGUGGUUCCUGUCCUCUUGUACAUGCCAGGAAAAGUAGGGGCAUUUGCACGGCAUAUGCUAGAGAAGAAAAUUGGUGUUGUCGUCGUUGGAUUCCCGGCAACUCCUAUCACAGAAGCCAGAGCAAGGUUUUGCAUUUCCGCAGCACACACGAAGAAGAUGCUGGACAUUGUUCUUGAUGCACUGGAUGAAAUGGGCGACUAUCUACGACUAAAGUAUUCCCGUCACUCCCCAUCAAACCGUGCACUGGUUUAUGAGGAGGCAAAUGAUGAACUUGAUUCUUGAACUUCAGUAUAUUUUAUCUUUGACUUUUAAUUUUUAAUUUUUUUUUCAUUCUCCACUAUUGUGGAGUUCCCUGUCAUUGGAUGAAAAGAAACUCUACGUGGCUUAAUAUACAGCAGGGGGCCAUACUAAACAACUUCUCGAUGAAGACAAUAUAAUGUGCUAUAAAUGUCAGGUCUACAGGGCCCAUUAUUCUCUAUCCAGUUAUGUUCUUAGGAUGGAAUUCAGAUUUGCAUUACAUGAACUGAUUACUAAUGUCACAGGGAAGGAAAGUCAGGAAAAUGUGAAUUUCUACCUCUUUAUUUAUAAAACCUGAAACCAGUUUACUGCAAAGUGAUAUAUCUAAUAAGAGAAGGUCACAACUACGUGCCAAUUUCCAGAUCCUUAUUGGAUCCUUAUUUUUCUUUCAAUUUUGGGAAAUGCAGUAUUAACAUAACUUAAGUAAAUGUAAUGACUGACCACACUAUAAAGAGUCUGAGUUCGUUGGUUUUAUACACAGUUCCGAAACAAAAAGGUCCCUAAAGGGCUAGUCCGCCUUUCACCAUGCCUAAUUGUUAUAAAGGUUUAAUAAUUAUACACUACCGUAUAUACUCGAAUAUAAGCCAAGUUUUUCAGCACGAUUUUUCAUCCUGAAAAUGAUCCCCUCGGCUUAUACUCGAGUGAACUCUCUGCCUGUCAAUCCCUUAAGCCAUCGGCUGUCCAGGCAUGCUGGGAGUUGUAGUUUUUAAACAUCUGGAGGUCCCCAGGUUGAAGACAACUGUGGCCUUCGUCAUCAUCCAGACUCCCCUUUAGUUUUCUACUCACCCCCCCCCCCCCCCCCCUCUGUGGGAAGCAAGG